GAUGAACGUAGCUGCUGGCCGAAAGACGCGACCGGCUUCAAGCUCCCACAAACUCCACAACUCCGACUUCCACACGAGAAGCCCUGACUGGAUGUUCGUUCUACCAAUAGCCAGCAAAAGCGAUAGGAACAACAGAGCUAAACUCCCAUCCAUCCACAUACUGGCAGCAGGCACUGUUAAUGUGCUGCUAAAAUCGACACCACACCAUGUGCACUGCUCCCGCUGAUGAUGGAGCUGCCACAGCUACUAUUGAUGCUGCUGGCCCCAGCCAUGGCUCGACGGCCUUGAACUCCAACCAGGUCUGCAUAGCCAUAGAUCCCAGCCAGAGUACGCUGGAGGAGAAGAAACGCAACUGGCGAUGCUGCCUGCAGUGGAUAAUGGUGCCCGUCCUCUCGGCAGGCACUGCAGCGCUCUGGUAUUACCUAGGAGCUUGGUCUGGAUUGGCGGCUCUCUAUGGCAGCGUGAUAGCCACACUCUUGGUGCGGCCCGGCUGGAGAUGGUUCUACAUAGCGGCGGUGACUGGUCCUCGCGACACUGUUGCUCUCUUUGCGUACAUCCGAGUGCUGCUGUUUGUGAAGCGACAGGAACGAAAGAACCUCAACAUUGGCGACAUCUUCGAGGCAAGUGUGGCUCGGCAUCCCGACAAGCUGGCCAUCGUGAGCGAGUCCCAGCAGUGGACCUUCCGGCAGCUGAACGAGCACUCGAACCGUGUAGCAAACGUCUUCCACAGCCACGGCUACAAAAAGGGCGAUGUGGUGGGGCUGCUGCUCGAGAAUCGGGCCGAAUUUGUGGCCACCUGGCUGGGUCUCUCGAAGAUUGGUGUCAUUACACCGCUCAUCAACACAAAUCUGCGAGGCGCCUCGCUGCAGCACAGCAUCACGGUGGGCCAGUGCACGGCCUUGAUUUACGGGGCCAGCUUCCGCGCGGCUGUGAUGGACAUUGCGAAGGAUCUGCCCGCCCAUGUGGGGCUCUACCAGUUCAACGAUGAGGGCAGCCAGGCACAUGCCGCCGCCGAGGGCUUGAGCCAGGGUCUGGCACAGCAACUGAACGGACUGCUGGACACGGCCGCCAAAGAUAAAGUGGCCGCAGGCGCCACUCGAGCUGAUCAUCACGACAAACUGGUUUACAUCUACACCUCUGGCACCACGGGGCUGCCCAAGGCAGCCGUAAUCACGCACUCGCGCUACUUCUUCAUUGCCGCUGGCAUCCACUAUGCCCUCGGGUUCAGGGACCAGGAUGUGUUCUAUACACCGCUGCCGCUCUAUCACACUGCUGGCGGAGUGAUGAGCAUGGGCCAGGCCCUGCUGUUUGGCUCCACCGUGGUCAUACGCAGGAAGUUCAGUGCCUCCGGCUACUUUGCCGACUGCGCACGCUUCCAGUGCACCAUUGGCCAAUACAUUGGGGAGAUGGCCCGCUAUAUAUUGUCCACACCAGCGGCAGCACACGACCGCAAGCAUCAGGUGCGCAUGGUCUUUGGCAACGGACUGCGGCCACAGAUUUGGACGCCUUUCGUCGAGCGCUUUGGCAUCAAGCGCGUCGGUGAGUUCUAUGGAGCCACGGAGGGCAACGCCAACAUCAUGAACAACGACAGCACUGUGGGCGCCAUUGGCUUUGUGUCGCGGGUACUGCCGCAAAUCUAUCCCAUAUCCAUCAUACGUGCCGAUCCGCACACGGGCGAGCCGCUGCGCAACAAGAAGGGUCUCUGUGAGCGGUGCGAGCCCAACGAGACGGGCGUCUUCAUUGGGAAAAUCGUGAAGGGCAAUCCCUGCCGCGAGUUCCUGGGCUAUGUGGACACGAAGGCCUCCUCCAAGAAGGUGGUGUACGAUGUCUUUGCCAAGGGCGACAUGGCCUUUAUCUCUGGCGACCUGCUGGUGUCCGACGAGCGGGGCUAUCUUUACUUCAAGGACCGCACCGGCGACACAUUCCGCUGGAAGGGGGAGAAUGUCUCGACCAGCGAGGUGGAGGCACAGCUCAGCAAUCUGGCCGGUUACAAGGAUGUCAUCGUGUACGGGGUCAGCAUACCGCAAACGGAGGGCCGGGCCGGCAUGGCUGCCAUUUACGAUCCCACCCGAGAGGUGAAGGUGGAGCUGCUGGGCCAGGAGCUCGCCAAGGUGCUGCCCAACUAUGCACGCCCGCAGUUCCUGCGAUUCCUCCGGAAGAUCGACCUGACCGGCACGUUCAAGCUGCGAAAGGUGGAGCUGCAGCAGCAGGGCUUCGAUCCGGCGGCCAUUGAGGAUGAGUUGUUCUACGUAGGACCCGACGGUGUCUACUUGCCUCUCACGCAGUCCGUCUACGAGCGGAUUCAGCGCAACGAGAUGCGCUUCUAGUGGGAGACAGCAGAUGGAGGUAAGAUCUCCAUGGUUGAGCUAAGACUGUGCGCCUCAUAAUCGAAUCGAAGUUAGGGCCAAUGCCUCCACUUUCGAUGCGAAAGGGAAGGCAUUACCCGCCAGUUAUAAUCUUUGUCUAGCUGUUAGGUUUAAUUUGGUAGAGUUGUGUUUAUUGUGCUAGCAUUAAAUAAUGAUAAAAAGGAAA